CGUCGAGUCUGGACGUGGUUCGGAGCCGCUGCCUCCUGUGGGAAGGAUCCACGAAGUGGGCGGGAGUGGGGAGAAGAGAAGGGGGGCAGCUGCUAUUCAACCAAUGACAGGCUUGGCAGGCCUAGAUAGGGCAUUUCACAAGUAAACAAUGAAAGUGUUGCUACUGAAAGAUCCAAAGGAAAGUGAUGGUGGACCAGAUUCUUAUAUAAAGGAAUUUGGUUCACAUGGACUCAAAGCAACUUUAAUUCCAGUUUUAACAUUUGAAUUUAUUUCUCAUCAAACUCUCUCUGAAAAACUUUUUCAUCCUGAUCAAUACCGUGGACUAAUUUUUACCAGUCCAAGAGCAGUAGAAGCUGUUAAAUUAUUCCUAAUGGAUAGUUGUAAAAAAGAAGCUUGGAAGAACUAUCUAAGAGAAAAAUGGAAUACUAAACCUGUUUAUGUGGUAGGGAAAGCUACUGCUGGAUUAGUAACUGAAAUAGGUCUCAAACCACAAGGAGAAGAUUGUGGAAAUGCUGAAAAACUAGCGGGAUUCAUUUGCUCCCGGGAGCCAUCCAAUUCAUUGCCUCUUCUUUUUCCAUGUGGUGCUCUGAAAAGGGAAACACUUCCAACAAUGCUCAAGGACAAAGAUAUUAUGUUGGAAUCUGUUACUGUUUAUCAAACCAGUCAACAUCCCGACCUCCAGGAAUCCUUGACGAAUUACUUCUCACAAGAGGGUGUUCCUGCUAGUGUUAUUUUCUUCAGUCCUUCUGGUGUCAAAUAUUGUCUGAAGCAAAUUUUGAAGUUGUCAGGUGAUUUUAUUUCCCAAAUUAAGUUUGCUGCUAUAGGUCCAACAACAGCUGAAGCACUUCUAACUGAAGGAAUCUUAGUAAGCUGUACAGCCAGUCGCCCUACCCCCCAGGAUCUUGCUGUUGAACUUAAAAAAUGUCUGUAGCUGUAAUACAUUUGAAAACUCUAUGAUUGAAAUUAUGUAAUUUGCAGUAAUAUCUAAAAUUAAAAUAUCUAAAAUUAAAAAUACCUUCUUUACUA